AUACGCAUUCCUAACUUCAAUAUGCCGCCGUCGGUUUGUUUAAUAUUUAUGUGUUUCAAGUUUGCAAAUUCAUAAAAUAAAUUGUAUUUUGUUGAAACUUGAAAGUAAUUGGUGAUUUAGGUGCGUUUCUGAAUUUUUUUACAAUUGUGACCGGAAGUUUAACGCUAUACUUCAGAUUAAGAAUAUUCUGUAAGUAUAAUACGGCACGUAGCGGUUUUAUAGAUGAUUAACCUUUGUUUGUUGAAUGUGUCGUACAUCGUAAACGGUUGCCGCCAUUUCUAUUCAAAGGACUGCUGAGGUACAAAAUAACUCAAUGUCUUCAAAAAAAGUUUAUAGUAUCAAAGACAAAGUCUUUGCAAAAGUUCGUGGUUAUCCUGCUUGGCCGGCUGUUAUUUCUGGAGUUGAAGCAGACACUCCUUCCCGUCAACGGUAUCAUGUUUAUUUCUAUGGUACUGGUGAGCGCGCCGUAUGUAAGUCUGAUGAACUAUUUCCAUAUGAAGAAAACAAGUCUAAGUUAGGAAAGCCAAAUAAGCGCAAGCACUUUUCUGAAGCUCUUAUGCAAAUUGAGAAUGAUACUGAAUGUUCGGUAAUUACUGAAGAUACUGUGCAAGCUUUCCAAGCAUCAUCUAGCAUUGAUCAGAGUACAGAAAACGAUACAAUUAUAAAUGAAUCAGAAACUAACACCGAAACUGAAAAAAAUGGAGAGUUAAAUUCUGAAAGUGAAGGAAAGCUAACAAUUGAUGAGUCAAGUUCUUCUAAAGGAAAAAAAUCUAUUGGACCAAAAAAGAGUUUAGGACUCUCUUUGUCUAAAACUACAAAAAGAAAAUUAUCUGAUGGAAAAUUAGAAUCCCCAGCUAAGAAAUUAAUGACCACUAAAACAAAAGAGUUAGAAAGUGUUUCAGAUUUGCCCAUUAUGACAAUUGCUUGUUUGAAGGAAAACACGAACUCUGUUUCUGAAGGAAAAACUUGUGAAACCAAUGAAUUACAAUCCGAACCUCAAAAUGUGUCAGAUUCUGUUUUAGAAACUAGUGAAGUUUCCUUUGAUAAUAAUAAAUCGUCAAAACAUAAUUCUAAAAUUAAAAGUAGCCCAAUUUCUAGUGGGGAUAUGUCUUCAAAUAGCUCAAACAUUGGACAAGUGUCACGCUCGGGCCGUAAAAUCAAACCAAAGAAAUAUACUGAUUAUGAGAAUGAUGCUGAAGUACCAAAACGUUCUAGACUAAGCAAAGAUAUGUCUAAGAACUCUGAAAAGAUCAAUGGAAGUGUUGAUGCUGAUAAUUCAUCAGAACAAAAUGAAAUGGUGAAAGGUUCAAGCUCAGAAUUGGUGAACAAAACGAAGAGUCAUAGCACUACACCUAUAAUCAAUGACAGUGUGUCUAAAGAAAUGAAACAAAUAAGCAAAAAAAUUAAUCAAGACGAUGAGCUUCCAGCAAAUUUAAAAAAUCUUAUGAAAGGCGCAAUAGAUCAUUUAGACGUUGAGUGGUCAAAAGUGACUACUAGUAAAGCAGUAAAAGUUGAAUGUUUAACCACUGAAGUCGACUUAUUAGAUUGUGUAUAUCAUCUACGAAUGGCUUUGCGUACUGAUAAGGCAGAUUGUGACAAAGCCAUAAAGAUAUUAGAUCAAAUGGCUGAAUUAAAAAUUAAUACUUUGAUGUUGAAAAAACAUUCUGAAGUUGUUGAUACUGUAAAAAAAGUAACUAUGUAUAUUGGUAACCGUAAAGAAUGGGAAACUAAUGAUGAGGAAGCAAAUGAAAUGUCAGAAAAAACCGCUAAAGUUCGACGUAAGGCCAAUAUGGUAUUUAAUAAAUUUAGAGCCCUGUUCACUGUCCCUGAUGGGCAAUCGUUCCUAGAUACAUUUAAAAAAGAAGUUGAUGACUUUUAUACUAAAACCAAACAUCUGGCGUGUGAUCAGAUUUAUGGACUAAUAUCAGAAAAACAAUUAAAUCAAUAAUUUUUUAUAGAAUUAUAAUCAGAUAUAAAUGACAUUCUAUAUUUUUAAUGUUUUACAAAUCAUUUUGACUAGGAUAGGUAAUGGAAAAAUUUGUACCCGUAAUAUUAUGUAGUUAGUGUUAGCUAAAAAUUACUGUUAAGUGAGUAUAAUCUAUAAUUAAUACUCUAAUUUAUUUGAAAGGCAUAACUUAGUGUUUUUUCAUUAUAUUGUAAUAAUAUUUAUCUGUUUACAUAUUUUAAUUUAUUUUCACUUUUCCUUCUUUGUCUACAGUUUUGUUUGCACCAAUUAUGAAAUCAUCUAAUGGUUAAUCCAAUUUUGCUUUUAAUUUUUACUUACAUUAAAAACAAACUUGUUAUCAA